UGAAGAGAUAAUUAACAUAUAUUUAUAUAUAGCGCAGUACUAUUUAUAACGCAUAUUCAUAGAAAUGAAAGGUGUUUGUUUCGUUCUCACUCUUGUUGUUUUGGCUUUGGCAACUUCCAUUGCCACUGCUUAUGAUCCAAGCCCUCUCCAAGACUUCUGUGUGGCUACAGAUGACCCCCACAAAGCAUUGUUUGUAAAUGGGAAGUUCUGCAAAAAUCCCAAACUUGCCAAGGCUGAAGAUUUCUUCUUUUCUGGACUCAACACUCCAAGAGACACAAACAACCCAGUUGGAUCUAAUGUGACACAACUAAAUGUGGACAAGAUUCCUGGACUCAACACUCUUGGAAUAUCAUUGGCUCGCAUUGAUUAUGCACCUUACGGCCAAAACCCACCUCACAUUCACCCUCGUGGCUCUGAAAUCCUAGUGGUCGUCAAGGGGACUCUCUAUGUGGGUUUUGUGUCUUCCAACCAAGACGGAAACCGACUGUUUACCAAGGUUUUGAAAGAGGGAGAUGUGUUUGUGUUCCCAAUAGGAUUGAUUCACUUCCAAUUCAAUCCAGAACACACCCCUGCAGUCGCCUUUGUUGGUCUCAGUAGCCAAAACGCAGGAGUGAUCACCAUUGCAAAUACUGUGUUUGGAUCAAAUCCUGCCAUCAACCCUGAUAUCCUUGCUAGAGCCUUCCAAGUAGACAAAAAUGUUAUCAACUAUCUCCAGAAGCAAUUCUGGUACGACAACAACUAAAAAAUAAUGUGGUAGA